UCUGCCAAGAGCAAAGAGGACCUGGUGUCCCAGGGUUUCACCGAGUUCACAAUCGAGGACUUCCACAACACGUUCAUGGACCUGAUCGAGCAGGUGGAGAAGCAGACCUCCGUCGCCGACCUGCUGGCCUCUUUCAAUGACCAGAGCACCUCAGACUACCUCGUGGUCUACCUGCGGCUGCUCACCUCUGGCUACCUGCAGUGCGAGAGCAAGUUCUUCGAGCACUUCAUCGAGGGCGGGCGGACCGUCAAGGAGUUCUGCCAGCAGGAGGUGGAGCCCAUGUGCAAGGAGAGCGACCACAUCCACAUCAUCGCGCUGGCCCAGGCCCUCAGCGUCUCCAUCCAGGUGGAGUACAUGGACCGCGGCGAGGGCGGCACCACCAACCCGCACGUCUUCCCCGAGGGCUCCGAGCCCAAGGUCUACCUGCUCUACCGGCCCGGACACUACGACAUCCUCUACAAAUAGGGCCGGCCCGCCUCCCCUCUGCCAGGCGCUAGACGUGUACAGAGGUUUUUUUUUUUUUUUUUUUUUUUUUUUUUUGUGGUUGUAAAUGGUCAUAUUUCACCCUCCCGUCCCCCGCCCCCACGUCCUGUCUCCCAACCUUCCACGUUUUAUUAAAGGGGAUGUG